AGUCCUUUGACACUGAGCCGUCAGUGUGAAGACGUUUUGUUUUGGUGUGCAGUUGUGGAGCACAUUCAUGGAUUUGUGACGUCAACAGAAACCUUUUUCUGUGUAUUUAUGUAUAUGUGCUUUAAAAGCAUUUAUGCUCUGGCUUUAAAAGGUGAGACUAUGGUGACAUCAUCUCACCUUUCACGUGUGUUCUACUGGACCUAAACAAACGGACCAAUCAGGUGAGAUUUUUUAUUGCCUGACUUUGUGACUGAACAAUCUUUUUACAUUUUUUUACUCCAAGGCAAACUAAAUUAGAAACUUUUGUUAGUGAUGAUUAACUUUUAUUAAGAAAAUCAAAACAAAAGUCGACAAAGUAGAUGUAUUUGCUUUGAGUCUUUUGUGUAACUCUAAAGUCUUUAUUUCCUUUUUUAUUUCACUAAAAUAAUAAUAAUUAUUAUUAUUUGCAGGCCAGACUCAUACACUUCCCGUGUGUCUUGCCUUGAAAAAAAUUAAUGAACAAUGAUUAAUCGUGAUUAAUUACUAUUGUUUGAUGAACAUCUCAUUCUGUGUUCCGUGGUUUAUGGGACGUCUGUAUGGGGGCCCUGGGAGUCGAACUCUAAUCUAAUCCAGGGCCUCAGAAUGACUGGAGUCGGCCCUGCGGCCUGGGGACACUGACAUGGGAAGAACAGUGACCACAGUCUGCGCUUUUACGCACGGACUGAUCCAAACAAGAGCCGCAGUUCGAGUAUUGAUUAUUGGAUUUGUUGGAGAAAAUACAGCGUUCGUAAAUGAACGUCCUGUUCACGUCCUGUUCUCCUGGUACCAGGUCGUAAAAGUAGAAAGACGUCACCCAUCACUGAUAAGUGCAGGAAUUUCUCCUUCCUCCUCCUCCUCCUGCUCCUAGAUCAGCCCGUGCGCUCUGACGUGUUCCACUCGGAGCCGCUCAUUAACGGAGACGUCUUCUCUCUGACGUCCGUCCCCGCUCCUCCGGCGGCACCUGCGUCCUUAUAAGCCGCUGUAAGUCAUCCAGGGAGCGGGUUUCUCUGCUGCUCACGGCGCACGGCGGCACCUCUCCCUCCAUCAGCUGACCUGGUCCAUGACUUUUAAAACAUUUACGGUCUCCAUGCCCCCCCGUCCUUAGCUCUGACCUGUGCCACGAUGACCAUCCAUGUAGAGGGGCUGGUGGCUAUUGCCAUCUUCUAUCUGCUCAUCCUGUUCGUGGGCAUCUGGGCGGCAUGGAAGAACAAACACUCCGGGGAGGCGGAGGGCACCGACCGCAGUGAAACCAUCAUGGUCGGUGGGAGGGACAUCGGACUGUUCGUCGGUGGAUUCACAAUGACAGCCACCUGGGUGGGAGGGGGGUACAUCAACGGAACAGCCGAGUACGUGUACCUCCCUGACUUCGGUCUGGCCUGGGCUCAGGCUCCGUUUGGAUACGCCCUCAGUCUUGUCGUGGGUGGGCUUUUUUUUGCCAAGCCCAUGCGCUCACGAGGUUACGUCACCAUGUUGGACCCGUUCCAGCAGAUGUACGGGAAACGCAUGGGCGGCCUUCUCUUCAUACCUGCUCUGAUGGGCGAGAUCUUCUGGUCAGCUGCCAUUCUCUCUGCCCUCGGGGCGACGUUGAGCGUCAUCGUGGACAUCAACAUAAAGAUGUCCGUGGUCAUCUCCGCCCUCAUCGCUAUAUUUUACACCCUGGUUGGAGGACUGUACUCUGUGGCCUACACUGAUGUGGUCCAGCUUUUCUGUAUCUUCAUUGGUCUGUGGAUCAGCGUUCCCUUUGCUUUGUCCAACCCUGCGGUGUCAGACAUCACCGUCACGGCCGUGACACAGGUGUACCAGGCCCCCUGGAGGGGCAGCAUCCACAGGAGUGACAUCUGGGUGUGGAUCGACAACUUCUGCCUCCUGAGUGUCGGAGGGAUACCCUGGCAGGUGUACUUCCAGAGGGUACUGUCGGCCUCCUCUGCCACAUACGCCCAGGUCCUCUCCUUCCUGGCUGCCUUCGGAUGCCUGGUCAUGGCGGUGCCCUCUGUUCUGAUUGGAGCCAUCGGCGCCUCCACAGACUGGAAUCAAACAUCUUACGGAGCCGUGUCACCGAGUGACAAGGAACAGGCCGACAUGAUUCUGCCAAUCGUACUCCAACAUCUCUGUCCGCCCUUCGUCUCCUUUUUUGGCCUCGGUGCAGUGUCGGCCGCCGUCAUGUCCUCUGCUGACUCGUCCAUCCUUUCGGCAAGCUCCAUGUUUGCGAGAAACAUUUAUCAGCUCGCCUUCAGACAAUCAGCAUCAGACCGUGAGAUCGUGUGGGUGAUGCGUAUCACCAUCUUCGUGUUUGGCGGCCUGGCGACAGUGAUGGCGCUGGUGACUGGGACCGUGUACGGUCUGUGGUACCUGAGCUCAGACCUGGUUUACGUCAUCAUCUUCCCUCAGCUGCUCAGCGUGCUCUUCGUCAAAGGGACCAACACCUACGGCUCCGUGGCCGCCUACCUGUUCGGCCUGGUACUGCGUAUCGGUGGAGGAGAACCGUACCUGCGGCUGCCGCCGUUCAUCUACUACCCCGGCUGGACCACUGAGCUGAGGAUGCACCACACCACUGGAGAGAUGGAGGAGAUUGUGAUCCAGAAGUUUCCCUUCAAGACGGUCUCCAUGUUGGCGUCCUUCUUGGGUAACGUCGCUUUUUCUUACCUGGCCAAAUACCUGUUUGAGAGCGGCAAGAUCUCCCAUAAGUACGACUUCCUCGACGCCGUGGUGUCCAAGGACAGCGGCGAGAUUAUGGAUAAAACGACGCUUGUGACUCGAGGCAACAACAUCGGGCUGUCGGAGAUGGUGUCCGUCAAACCACGUCUGAGCGUGACCUUGGCUGCGGCGUUCACGCGCCGUGACACGCUGCCGAAGGAGACGGUGGAGGAGGAGGAGGAGCUGUCGAGCCCUGACUCCUCCCACCAUGACGAAGAAUGACACGGUCAGAGUGGAGAUGAGGGAACAGCACAG